AUGCUCCUGUUUAAUGAGCCUCAAAAGGCGAUUGCCUCUGAAUCAACUGCAAAAGACAACAAAAUUGAUAAUCUGAUACAAGAUAUCGACGACGCUGCUAAAAAGAUGGCUGAUGAUCAAUCCAAAGAAACCGAAAGCGCAGACGAAAGCGAACCUUCAGGUGACCAUCCUAAUGUCCAGGGGGAGGGUCCAAAUCCUCAUCACGAUCAAGGAUCUUCAUUCCAGGGGGAGAAAUCAUCGCCAAAUACAUCAAGCUCUACUGAAAUUCCAACCAAUGAAGGGGAUACAAAUGCUGGUCCUGAACAGGAGUCAUUCUUCGAGGGGAAGAACACCAAUGUCGGUGAUGAUGACAUUCUGUCUGAAUUAGAGGAAGAAAUCAAUGCUGAAUUGGAUCCUAUCUAUGAUCCAAAUUUUCCUCCACUUAUCAAAUGGACAAAAUAUCACCCUCAAAGUCAAAUUAUCGGGGAAUCUUCAGAAACAUCUUUACAGGGAACCGCUGACUCAAAUGCAGAGAGGCUUGACUCUCUUGUCAAUAAGAUGGCCACCUCAGUUGCCUCCGAACUGCAGUCAUUUGCCAGUCUUCGUCAAUCUCUCAGUGAUGACAACAACUUGUUUAAGGCGACUAUUGAGGAGCGCCUAACUAAGCUGCAUGAGGACCUCGCUUCAGAGAACUCAGUGAUGGAUGCUCUCGCUCGUAAGACCACUGCUCUCAAGGACAAGAGUCUUCAUCUUUUCCAUUCUCAAAAGGAAGUCGAAUCUCUUGGAUCUGAGCAUGAGCAGUUGGUUCAAAGCUUGGUCUCUUCAUCCAGGCAUUCUGAGAUCUCAUGUGGGCGUUUCUGGUCUCUCAUCACCAACUGGGCAAUGGACCGCCUUCGUGUUCCAUUAAUGGCAGAUUCUUUGCUCUCAUCCAUUGCUACCUUUCAUACGACAAAAAUCAUUGUCACUGAUCCAACCAAGUUUUCUUUUAUUGGAUCCAUUCCAGAAGCAUUGCUCGGUCGUAUCGCUGCGUUGAGUAACGUUCUCCAACAGUACAGGAAGCGUCCAUCGGUUGGCCCAAGAGAGCUUACGCCAACUAUGAUUCGCUUUAUUGAAGAGGCUGACAAGCCAACUAAAAGGGGUAAGAAGCCUGAAACACAGAAGGAAGGCCCUAGCGAUGAUGAUGACGAUGAGCUUGUUACAAAGUGUCAUCUCAAGGUAGUAAAUGAAAAGCUUGAUCAACUGCUUUCAUCCUCUUCCUCUGGUGCAUAUUCUGAAGCUACAUUAAAGGCCUUAUUUUCCUCUGUCGUUACCGAACACAGUGCCACUUUAUCUGCUGCAGCCGAAGCAAUCGAAGCCUCUACUUCCCAAUGUCAACAAGCCUAUCUUGCUGUUGAUGCCUCUACUAAGGAGUGCAAGGAAGCGACUGAAAAAGUCGAUAAACUAGUCUCCGAAGCUCAUUUGUUUUUAGAUUCAUCGCAUGUUGCUGCUACUAAAAACGCCCAAAAUGUCAAUGCUUCAGUAGAGAACCUUCAAAGGUCUCUUCAAUCUGAACGCUCAAACCCUGAAGCGGCACGCCAAGCCAUUGAAGAAGCCAACGAAACUCUCCAUGCUAAUGUAAAUGACCGCUUAACUCAAAUGGAGGCGGAGUUAGCUGUAGAGAAUCGCAUUAUGGAUGAGCUGGACAGACGUACUGCACAACUUAAAUUGCAAACCCACAAGCUACGUACUGCUAAUGCUAAGAUUAAUGACCUCAAGUCAGAAAGGGAGGUCAUUAGGAGUUCUACUACAGAUGUUCACUCCAUCCUCCUUCAUCUCAUUGAGGCUCACGAUCCGAUCAUCACUAUAACUGUCAGGCGUCAUCUGGCAGACAAGCUAAGAACGACAUUGGACAUUCUUAGCUCUUCGGUCAGCAACAAGGACAAAAAGAAGAAGAAAAUCGAUGAGGACGACACAGACAAUGAAGAUGAUGUCUAUGCUGAGAAUCCUAAGAAACCCUUACAGAAGGUUAAGACCUCUGAAAAAUAA